AUGGUAAGUUAUUAUAUCUCAAGAAUGCACUUUUAUAUAUUCGUAAUUUUGCUUUUCCCAUGCGCGUCACGGGAUGUUACUCUAGGGAAAUUUCAUCAUAGUUACACACUUAGUUGUACGCAGAAUGAAAUAAUUCAACGAGCAAUUGACAACUAACUUGUACCAAGUAGGCCCUUUACAGAUGUGAAUGGAAAAUGAAGGCUGGGGUUGACAUUGUUUUGAUACAGACGGUCAACUUCACAUUCACUCGAAGGCUAGGGUAGUAAGCCCACAACUGUAAAUUGGUCUAUUGGAAAAACAAAACACACAAGGUAGAUGAAAACAAGCACAAAGCUUGUCAUAUGCAGUUUAAGGAAGCCAUUUCAUCAGUCAAUUUUGUACUAGCUAGUUCGUGUGAUAUUCCCAAAAAUUGAAAACAAUGGUCGGAAUGAAUAACAAUGGUCUUAAAUACAGAAAGUAGUCUAGAUAAAAUAUGAGCAGCAGAAUUGUCUUCAUUCGAAGGCGAGCUCUAGAAAAGUGUAUACAGACGCCAAUGCUUUUAUGCAAAUGACACAAAUCUAAGCUUAAUUUAAUGCUUUCAUGAUCUGUGACGUCUUUGUUUUUCGAGUUUUUUAAAUCAAGUACGAGGAAAUGCUGCAUCUAAACGGAGGAAACUUUUUAUCAGGGUUUCCGUACAGACGCUCUUUUGAUUUAACAUGAAUCAAUUAUUUUUGCCAUGUUUUCUUCAUGAAUGUUUAAUCCAUUUUUCAAGAUGACAAAGCCACAAACCUAUUUUAAAAAUGCUUUAAUAAACUCUCUCUUCUUAUCGUAAUAUAGUCCUUCUCAAUUGCAAUGCACCGAUUGCGGUAUAGGUGAAGUAAAUCCGCAAAAAAACUUUACAGUAACACUCUUUAACGGGUAGAAAGUCAAAAAAUUAACUGUUGUAUGCAUAAAUCACAUAGGCAAAUACCGACAUUCUGAUGUGUGUCAAUAAUCAGGCACUGAGUGGUCACUAUUAUGCAACAGGACGGUGGACACCGCCAAGGACAAAUCCAGUAAGUAUAAUGUGACUUCCCAUUAUGUUUGCUCCGAUAGUACUUUGAACUCAUCAAACUGAGGCGUUGCUCAUUCGUUCCUAUUCCAUCCUCUGUCGAAUCUCAUUUUCCCUCACGACAGGAUGUCAGUAAAACGCGGGGCUGGGGUCUAUCUUUUUUUUUUUAAAGAAUGUGCUUUAGGGUUAGGUUAGGGUUAGGAUUAGGGUUAGGGUUAGGGUUAUGUUUAGGUUAAGGGUUAGGUUAGGGUUAGGGUUAGAUUAGGGUUAGCGUUAGUAUCAACCCUGACCCUAACCCUACAACAGCAUUCUUUUAACAAACGAUAGACCCCAACCCGGCUCCGACCCCGACCCCCAUCCCGCGUUUUACUGACACUUCUUAAGACACAUAAUUAGUAGUUUAUACAUCGGAUCUUAAUACCCAGUAAUGGUUAAGGGAGGAUCCAUGUUUUAUCUCAGUGUAAUCAAUAAAACGCUGAAUAAGCCGGUAAAGCGCAAGAUAAUUAAAAUCAUAAUAUAUAACGAUAUCUUUCUCGUGAUGAUAAAUAAGAAGCCUUGGCUACCGUAAAAACAGUCGAGACAGCAUAUACAUGUAUCAUAAAAGGCAUUUUACAUGAAGGCAUUUUCACGAUAGGGAGGACUCUGGAAACUUUGCGAGACCAAAGCUCUGAUCGGCGGCGCUCUCGUUUGCAGAGGAGACCAGUUAUUAAACACAGAGUUAACUUAGGUUGUGAAAAUUCAGUUCAAUCAAGUGACGUGAAUAGCAUGAAGGUGAGCGAUCGAAAGGAGCGAGCGCGUGUUAAAGCAUGCUGAAGAACGAUAUCGUCCGGAACGCCUUAGAUUGUGAUUGGCUGGAAAUAAGUUAUUCUUAUAGCCUGCCGCCUGAGCCUGCGAACCAUUAUCUAAAGAAUGCCUUGCCAUAAAAUCCCCUUAUGAUACCAAUUGGCCAUUUUAGAGUUGCGUAAGGAACUGGAGCGAGUUUCAAAUUUAGACAAAAAGAUAAACUGACACCACCAUAUAAAAGGUCAUGUUAGGAUUGUCCCCCCAAACCAUAUAAACUCUUUAAUCUUUUUUACGAUUUCUGUGAUAUUCCUGAAAAUGGGCAAACAUAGUGAUUUUCGAAUUAGUUCCUUUCAAGUAGUAAAUGCUUGGCGAAUUUUUCAGUUUACCAGAAAAACGGAAAAAAUAUUGUAAAGAGUUUCACUGGUUUUGGGGACGCUGUCACAAAAUUACAGACGUUUGUAUGGAUCCUUAACCGUGUUUCAAGAGUCUUAACUUGAUCCCUUUUCAACCUUAGAGCACUAAACUUGGUCAAAUACCCAAUCUCAACAUGACCUUUUAUAUGAUGGUGUCAGUUUAUCAAUUAGUUUAAAUUUGAAACCCGCCCCAGUUCCCUACGCAACUCCGAAAUGGCCAAUAAUGGUGUCUUUUUCAUCAUGAUCAUGAUCAUGAUCAUCAUGAUCAUCAUAAUCAUCAUCAUCAUCAUUAUCAUCAUCAUCAUCAUCAUCAACAACAACGUCAACAGCACAAUUAUUGUUCAUUGCGCAGAAUGAGUGGACAUCAUUAAUUAUUCAUGACCGCCGAAGAAGCAAAUUCAACUGCACGAGAGCUUUGAAUAAGCUCCGAUUAUGAGAACAAGGGGCCUUUUUUGGCCCACCAGCCUUGAUAACACUCAUUGGCGCGACUUCGUUAGCUCCAAAACUACAAAUCUACUGAGAGAAUAUUGAAAAUGAAUGACUUAUCUACGGUUUAAGCGCAAAGGAUAAAAAUUUUACGCAGCAGAAGUACUAUCCCUCAUCAUCAUCAUCAUCAUCAUCAUCAUCAUCAUCAUCAUUGCUUAUAAGGAAAUAUAAAGUGUGAUGAUUAUUACAAAUUGCAACAGAACAUUCUAUCAUAUUUGCCACGUAUGUGUUUAUUCAGGACCUAUUCUAUUUACUUGAUUAGACCAAUCUUCCGAUCGAGCCAUCAAGCCGCUUAUGUUUUCAUUAUACUACAAGAUUUUUGCUUUUAUUUCAGACACCAGCAGCAGUACAAUUUAUCGAGCAGGCAGACGAGAAUAAUAUCAUAAAAUGCAGGCAUGUAGUAUGA